AUGAAAUACUUUUUCACAAAGACAAUGUCAAAGGAUAACGAUCAAACCUUAAAACAAAAUAAGAGCAAGAGUCUGGUAUCUAUCAACUAUGCUACCUCCUGUGCCAUCAACUUGAUUCUUCCCUUGAUCAACGGUUUCAUGUUGGGUUUAGGUGAAUUGUUUGCUCAUGAAUUUGCUUGGAGAUUCUUACCUUCUUCUUGGUUCCCUACAGUACGUUCUAACUCUCCAACAACUUUCAAAGUUUAUCCUCGUUCUCGAGUUGAACAAUUGAGCCCAGGCUUGCCUCAACAAAAUAAAUUUGAGAAGAGUUCGUUUAUAUAG